AUGACUUCAAAUAAUGGCAAUUUGAUAUUUCAAACUGGUAACCUAAAGAACAUUGAAUUCAAGACUUCACCAUCUGGGAGGAUUAAACUAAAUAAUGAUGAUCUGGAACAACAAUUUAUUCAGAUAAGAAAAAAUAAAGAUGACAUUGUAGAAAUGAAAACUAGUGGAUGUCAUAUCGCUCAGAAUGUUUCCAAUCAAAUCAGCCAGCUGAAUGUGAGGAUAUUGCAAAAACACACAUGCACCAGCAACCCUUGUCAGAAUGAUGGAAUGUGUCUGGAUCUCAUUGACUCUUUCUUCUGUCUCUGUCCAAACAACUGGAAGGGACCCACUUGUUCUGAUGAUAUAAAUGAAUGUCUGACCUAUACUGGAACGCCACUCGCAUGUCAGAAUGGAGCGACGUGUGUUAACACAAAUGGCAGUUACAGCUGUACCUGUACUCCAGAAUGGUAUGGUCCACACUGUACUUCCAAAUAUGAUGAUUGCCAAGGUGGAUCAAAAGCACUAUGUGAACAUGGCAUCUGUAUUGAUUCAGAGAGAGUGCAGCCAAAUCAGCCCAAGUACCAGUGUCUCUGUCAUGAUGGGUGGACUCAAGCUCCUACAAGUUCAGCUUGCAGCUCUGAUAUUGAUGAAUGUAGUCUUCCUAUUCUUCCCUGCUCAACAAAUCCUCCAGUCCAGUGCUUUAAUUCACAAGGUUCUUACUCUUGUGGGCUGUGCCCAGCAGGUUACCAGGGUGACGGGAAGAAUUGCACACAGAUUGAUGUAUGCUCUAUAAACAAUGGCGGAUGCCAUCAGUUGGCAUCAUGUACAUUCAAACCAGGUUAUUAUCUUCCUACUUGCACUUGUCCUCCUGAUUAUGCUGGGAAUGGCUAUGGGCCCAUUGGCUGUGUUCCUCUCAGUGAUGUCUGUCAACAAAACAAACCCUGUGUGAAUGGGCAGUGUUUGGCCACGAUUUCAGGUUAUGAGUGCAUUUGUGAUCCAGGAUGGACUAACACCAACUGUACUCAGAAUAUUAAUGAGUGUGCCAGCAACCCCUGCCAGAAUGGUGGAACCUGUAUUGAUGGCGUCAAUAGCUACUCUUGUACUUGCACUGCAGACUGGACAGGCCCACAGUGCCAGAUAGCACAGCAAGGUAAAUCAAUGAGUGACUGUGACUAUCGUGUGGCAGCAGCUUAUGCAGCUGCACCAUGCACCUCUGAUGAGGCACAAGAUGAGAGCAACACUAUCGCCAAGAACACCAGGAACAGCACCAGCAGUUGCACCAGUUGCAUUCUCCUCAGCUCCAUGUCCCACCAGAGCGCAGAGGUAAUGGAUGCCAGUAUUCAGCUGGGAGAAAGCAAAACCCCCAACCCAGAGGCUACAGAUUGUGGUGGCCAUCUCAGUGAAAUCUAUGGUGCUAUUAGUUCACCGGGUUACCCAGGCAACUAUCCGCCCAACAGAGACUGCUAUUGGACUAUUUCUGUCAGCUUCAACUUGGUGAUUACUUUUUCAUUUGGACGCCUUCACAUCGGACACCAUCCAAAUUGCAGUUCUGACUACCUAGAGAUUAGAGAUGGUCUUCUGGACAAAGAUCCCAUCCUUCAGAAGUACUGUAGCUCAAACAAUCCUCCCCCACUACAGACAUCUGGCCCUUCUGCAAGAAUUCAUUUCCACAGUAAUAAAAAUGUCAGUGACCGAGGGUUUCAAAUCACGUACAUUACAUUACCACCUGACCCUGGCUGUGGAGGAACAUAUGAAGAUAGUAAAGGCAUUCUCACCUCUCCCAACUGGCCUAAUCCAUACCCCAGCAGCAGGCAAUGUAUCUACAUUAUCCGGCAGCCCAUGGGGGAGCGCAUUCACCUCCAGUUCACACAAAUAGAGUUGGAAUCCCAUGACAGCUGUUCCUCAGCAUACAUAGAGGUUCAUGAUGGUGAGGCAGGGACGGAUCCUCUAAUCGGCAAGUUCUGUGGUGCUACCCUCCCGGCUCCCAUUACCACUAGUGGAAACACGUUGUGGCUUAAAUUUAAAACAGAUAUUUCUGUCUCAAAAGGAGGUUUCUUUGCUGAAUAUGAAGUUGCAUGUGGUGGCACACUGAAUGGCACUGGAAUGAUAAAGACUCCUUAUUAUCCUAAUUCAUACCCGCACAACAAAUCCUGUGAGUGGAUUAUCAACCAGCCAGAAGGACAAGUGGUCAUACUCAAAUUCAUUUCCUUUGAUAUUGAGAAUGCUACAAACUGCAACCAUGACUAUGUGGAGGUCAAGGAUGGUUCUGUCGUAGACUCUUCACUAAUUGGUAAAUAUUGUGGUACCGUCAUGCCACCAAUAGUCCGGUCAACACAAAGGUCAAUGUUCAUCAAGUUCAAGACAGAUUCUAAUAUAGGUAACCAUGGAUUUCAAGCUGAGUAUGAAUCAGCAGAGAAAGAAUGUGGUCAGGUUCUGACACAACCGGCAGGUACCAUUACCAGCCCUGGACACCCGACAAGUUAUCCACAUGACAGUAAAUGUAUCUGGUAUAUCUCAAUUCAACCUGGACAUGUCAUCCGUCUUACAUUCACCUCCUUUACUAUGGAAUAUCACAUGAACUGCACCAAGGAUUAUGUUGAGCUAUAUGACAAUGGUACCAUUAGUUCUAGCAGACUAAUAGGAAGGUUCUGCGGUACGUCUAUUCCUCCUUCUAUAACCAGCAGUGGCAGUAUGAUGGGCCUCCUUUUUGUGUCUGAUUCAAACGUAGCUACACAGGGAUUCUCAGCAAGUUAUGAUUCCCUUAUUGCUUCCUCAGUAUGCCGAGAAGAAUUCUUCGAAUCGACCGGCACAUUAACCUCUCCAAACUAUCCGAAUGGCUACUCUUAUAAUCAAGAGUGCAUCUACACCAUUACUGUGGAAAAUAACAAACAAAUUAUGCUCAACUUUACAUAUUUUAAGUUAGGACAUCAAGACUGUACUUCUGGCUAUGUUGAAAUUAGGAAUGGAGGAUAUGAAACAUCUCCCUUGAUCAGACAGUAUUGUGGAAUGAAAGCCCCACCGCUCAUCAUAUCCCAUAGCAAUAGGCUGUGGAUUAAAUUCAAAUCAGGUUACAAUUUGCAAUAUCGUGCAUUUAAAGCAUAUUGGGAUGGCACUUCCACAGGCUGUGGUGCAACACUUACAACAUCAACAGGUAGUUUUACCUCCCCCAACUAUCCAAUGCCAUAUUCACACAAUGCAGAAUGUUACUGGCUGGUUCAAAUUAGCGCAGGCAGUGUAAUUGGGCUGCAAUUUGAACAAUUCCAUUUGGACUCCAGCAAUGAAUGCAGUUAUGAUUACCUAGCUGUUUAUAAUGGAAACAACACCAAUUCUCAGCUUCUGGCUAAAUUGUGUGGUAAUCAGUUGCCAGCACCUAUUCUCUCUUCCAGAAAUAAUAUGUACAUUAAACUCCGAACUGACAACUCGUUAACAGCAGGAGGAUUUUUUGCUAAAUAUAGGCACAUUUGCCAAGGAGUGAUCAUUGCAAAUCGUAGCCAGGGGAUCUUGGAAAGUACAAACUUUCCACAGCCUUAUCCCCCUAAGCAAGACUGUAACUGGACCAUACAGGCAACAGCUGGGAACACUAUCAACUACACCUUCACUGACUUCAGUCUGGACUUUAACAGCUGCCAGUUAGUUUGGCUAAAGCUGUAUGACGGACCCAGUGCCCAAUCUCAACUUAUUGGUACUUUCUGCGGGAAUACUUUACCCCCAUCAGGCAGAAGCUCUGAUUCUAGUCUGCAUGUUGCAUUCCAUUCAGACUCUAGUUCUUCAGGCAAUGGAUUCCAGAUGCUGUGGUUCCAGAAUGGAUGUGGUGGAGAUUUGCUUGGGUCUGAAGGAGGAUUCAACAGCCCAGGCUAUCCAAACAGGUAUCCACAUAAUCGGGAAUGCAUCUGGUUCAUUCAAGGAGAUUCUGGCAGCAGUAUUGAGCUCACCAUCCAUGAUUUUGAUGUGGAAUAUCACCAAACAUGCAAUUUUGAUGUCCUGGAGGUGUAUGGUGGUCCAGACAUUACUUCUGUACAGUUGGCCCAAUUGUGUGCCACUCGCCCAUCUAACAGUCCACUAGUGGUCUCUAGCACCGGAAACUAUAUGACUGUCCGAUUUAAGACAAAUUCAAAUGGCAAUGCAAGAGGUUUUAAUGCCACCUGGCAACAGAGGGUAGGAGGUUGUGGUGGGAGUUUUACAGCUCCUAAAGGAGAAAUCCACUCCCCAAACUAUCCCAGUCCUUAUGGCAAUAAUGUAGAUUGUUCCUGGAUCAUCACUGUGGAUAACCACUACCACAUCCUGCUUGACUUCGCUGACUUCGACCUUGAACAUCAUCAAUCAUGUGACUCUGACUAUGUAGCUGUUUAUGAUGGUUUGGAUGAAGCAGCCCCCAUGUUGGGAAAGCUGUGUGAUGAUUUAAUUCCAGGAGGGAUCACCUCUACUCGCAGUGUAAUCUAUGUACGUUUUCACUCACAAAGCAGUAAUGAGCACAGAGGAUUCAGAGCACUAUUCAGUCAAGCAUGUGGAUCCUAUAUUAUUACUGAUGAUAUUGGUGGAGCUAUCACGUCACCUCUGUAUCCCAACAACUAUUUGAACAAUCAGAACUGUAGCUGGAUUAUUCGAGGCCAAAAGCCAUUUAACCAUGUCACAAUCUCUUUUACUGACUUUGCGAUUGAAAGCGGAGAUGCAGACUGUUCAGCAAAUGCUUUGCAAAUCUUAGAUGGAGACAACUACGGGGCCCCUGCUGUCGAUCGUUUUUGUGGAAACACAAUCCCUCAUCCCGUCACAUCAUUCAGUGAUGCCUUGUUUGUCAACUUCAUCUCCAACGGUGUCAGCUCGUUCAAAGGUUUCCGAGCAACUUAUGCUGCAUCCACAUCAGCAUGUGGUGGGAUGUAUCACAUGGAGACUGGAGCAUUCAAUAGUCCCAGCUAUCCUGAUGAGUCUCCACCGAACUACGAGUGUGUCUGGUAUAUCAUCAGCUCACCUGGUAACCGCGUCCAACUAUCCUUCAUAACUUUUGAUGUGCCUUUUACUAUAUUCUGUACCUCGAAUUACCUUGAAAUUCGAGAAGAGAAUGCCACUGGAGUGCUGGUCGGACAUUACUGUGGUAGUACUUUACCUUCAAAUUACACGUCAAUUCUGGGACACAUCUUAUGGGUGAAAUUUGUCUCUGAUACAUCAACUCCUGGUGGUAGAUUCAGUGCCAUUUUUUCUCAUUUAUAUGGCAAUGAGAUUGUGGGAGUCCAAGGACAAAUUACAUCUCCACUAUGGCCACUGCAUUACCCACAUAAUGCUAACUACCACUGGACAAUUACUGUUCCUGCAUCCUAUAUCAUCCAUGUCAGAAUACUGGAGCUGGAUAUUGAUGCAAUUCAAAGAUGCAGAUAUGAUAAAUUAAUGUUCUUUGAUGGUCCUAAUGUGCAUGCAUACUUUCUUGGAAGAUACUGCGGCUUUGAACUGCCUCCAGCAGUGUCAUCCACUGGAAGCACACUGACGGUUCAGUUUAUCAGUGACACCAAUAUAAAUGGAAAAGGCUUCCUACUGGAAUGGAAUGCAGUGCAAAUCAUUGUUGACCCAACUGCAAUACCAACUCUCCAACCAGCUUGUGGUGGCCGACUCCGUGCUGACCGUGGCAUUAUUUCUUCACCCAACUAUCCUUAUAAAUAUACACCAAAUCUCAAUUGCACUUGGCAUGUUGCUGUCACCAGUGGCUCCAUAAUAGAUAUCCAUUUCAAUCAGACCUUCCAGGUUCAAGGUUCUGGUAUAGGUUGCACAACUGGUGAUUAUUUAAAGUUAAGGAAUGGACCUGAUGAGUCUUCCCCACCUUUGACUUCCCAUGGAGGAAAUGGACACUAUUGUGGUGAGAACCCUCCUGCCACCAUGCAUACAACAGUCAAUCAGCUCCUUGUACAUUUCAUUUCUGAUGGGAGUAAUGAGGGCCUAGGAUUUAAGUUCACUUAUGAAGCUUCAAACCAUGCCUGUGGUGGAACCAUUUAUGUUUCUGAUUCUGAAUCUAAUGGAUACAUUGCCUCAAUGAACUACCCUCACAGUUAUCCAACAAACAUAGAUUGUAUCUGGACCAUCACUGUUCCAAAUGGUGAAGCAGUUCAGCUAGAUUUCAAUGACCUGUUCUACAUUGGAACUAGUUUUGAAUGUGAAAAUGAUUACCUGAAGCUACGUGAUGGAGCUACUUCAAGUGCUCCUCUGAUUGGUCAAUUUUGUGGAUCUACUAGGCCUUCCUGUCAGAGAUCGACAAGCAAUGUUUUGUAUGCAAGAUUGAGAAUUCACAAUGCUAUCAGCCAUGUGGGAUUCAAAGCUAAAUACUCAAUAGCCCUAUGUGGUGGAGCAGUAUCUGCACAGUGUGGAUCUUUGCAGAGCCCUGGAUAUCCCUAACCUUACCCAGACAAUUCUCAAUGUGAAUGGUUCCUUGAGGGACCCUGUAGCCAUUAUCUCACUGUUACUUUUAAAGCAUUCAACCUGGAAAAUAUGCCUGAUCAUAUCAAAGACUUUCUGGAAAUUAGAGAGUAUAAUGUUCAGUAUAAUAAAUAUUCAUUUCCACUCAGCCAAGAGAGAAAGCUAAUUGCAAAUCUUGUCAAUGGCACUCUUCAGCUACUAGACCUUGUAGCCCUGAAUCAGGUGAAAGUAAAGCUGAUGGUUUUUGUUGGGCUGGUGACCAGGAAUACCUGCUGUGCGCUGGGACAGCACUGUGGUAACACAUUGCCUGAUGCUGUGGCAACUUCAGGCAGCAUUGACCAUGUCCACUUCAGUAGUGAUGAAUCUGGCAGUAGACCAGGAUUCAGCCUGCAAUUUGAAGCCAGCAAUGAAGAUUGUGGAGGUGAAUUAUCUGCAGAUGCAGGAAUUAUCAGCUCACCAAACUACCCAAACAAUUACCUUCACGGUUGUGAAUGUCAAUGGAGGAUCACAGUGCAAGUUGGACACAGAGUGACACUAACCUUCAAUGAACUUCGUUUGGAAAGACAUUUGAAUUGUAACCAUGAAUAUGUUGCUGUAUAUAAUGGCCUUCAACCCAAUUCUCCCAUGCUACAGAAGUAUUGUGAUAUGAUUGACCCUGGAACACAAGUGAUUUCAUCUGGAAAUACCAUGCGAGUUGUUUUUAUAAGUGUCCAAUCAGGUUCAAACAAAGCCUUCAGUGCGACUUACACUUCAGAGGAGGAUGCAGUGUGUGGCAGCACCAUGAUGGACUCAAAUGGUGGGAACUUCACUUCUCCUGGCUUUGAUGGUGUAUCAAACUACGCAAACAAUCUUAAUUGUGAAUGGGUCAUUCAGAAUUCCCGCGGCACAAAUUCAUCCAUUUAUAUCCAGUUCACCAGUUUUCACCUAGAACACCAUCCAGUUUGCCAGAAUGAUUACAUCGAGUUUCGAUUUGGCGAUCCUAAUGGUGAUCUAAUGGCCAGGCUGUGUGGACCGUCUGCUCCUACUAUACCACUGGUGAUACCUUCCCCCCAACUCUGGGUGCACUUCUUAUCUGGUCCAUUAGUGGAAGAUAUUGGUUUCUUUGCCAAAUACAUUUUUACAGAAUGUGGUGGCAUUCAGACUGGAGAAAAUGGGUUCAUUUCAAGCCCCAACUACCCAUCACAAUAUAACCCUUUGACCCACUGCGCAUGGAGGCUGGAGGCCCCAGAAGGACACACAAUAACUUUGAACUUCGUUUACUUUGAUUUAGAGCCUCAUUCGACUUGUAGUUGGGACUCUGUUACAAUUAUGAAUGGCGGGUCCUUCAGCUCACCAAUCAUAGGCCAAUAUUGUGGAACCACCUUGCCUGAGAUGAUUAAAUCUGGCUCAAACAAAUUGUUCAUUAUAUUUAGCUCUAGCCACAAAGUGCAACAUCAUGGUUUCUAUGCCACAUGGAUAUCUGAUUCGGCAGCUUGUGGUGGUAUUCUCCAUGUGGACAGUGGCUCUUUCAAAUCACCAAACUGGCCACAGAAUUUCCCUGACAACAUUGAAUGCACUUGGAGGAUUAUAACCCAUGAAAGCAAACACCUUGAAAUUACUUUUGACAAGAAUUUCCAGGUUCCAGAUGGCACUGAUAACUGUGAGACCAGCUACGUUAAGGUCUGGGGAGGAACUGCUGAAACUGAUGAAACCCUGUUGGCUACUCUCUGUGGAAAUGUUGCUCCCGGGCCUGUCAUUGCACCAGCUAACGUUGUGACCGUCCGGUUCCAGUCUACAAGCAGCGCUGGAAGUGGUUUCUCAGCAUCUUUCACCAACCGAUGUGGAGCCAAUUUCACUGCUUCUGCUGGUCGCAUUAUGUCACCCAACUACCCUCACAAUUAUGACUCAAACUUGAACUGUGAAUACCUCAUCAAUACUUCCAGUCAGCUGUUCGUAAUCUUACAAUUUGAGACAUUCGAUAUAGAAGGACCUUCACCCUGUAAGUGUGACAGCUUGAAGAUAUACAGUGGGACUACAGCAAGCGGAAAUCCUGUUGCUACCCUUUGUGGUUCUGCUAUCCCGAGCCCAAUCAGUAGCUAUGGCCCAGUGCUUCUGGCUUUCAAAACAGACAUUGUUAAAACUAAACCUGGAUUUGUGAUCAACUACCAUUUAGCAUCCUGUGGAGGUACAUUCCACGGACCAUCUGGCACUGUCGCCAGCCCGACUUACUUACACACUGAAUACAACAUCAACUGUACAUAUCACAUCAUUGUCGGAGAGAACAGGAUUGUUAAAUUGAAGUUCAAUGAAUUCGACCUUGAGACCUCAUCAGCAUGCACCUCUACCUAUGUGGCUGUCUAUGAUGGUUCAAACACUCUUGCACCACUUUUAGGCCAAUUCUGUGGCUCAAAGUUUCCACCAGUUCUGAGGAGUACUGACAGCUCUAUACUCCUUGUGUUUAAAAUAGACAGCUUUUAUACUUACAGAGGAUGGAGGGCUUCAUAUACGGAGACGUUAGUACUAUGUGGCGGAAUUAUCAAUGCUACCAACACGCCUCAGAUCAUUACAUCUCCUGGUUACCCACAUGAUUAUCCACCCCUCACCACGUGCCAUUGGACCAUUGAUGCUCCUGCACAGGAGCAAAUCAGAGUGACAGUACAGGAAUUUAAUUUACCAGCCAACCCAGACUGUACUGAAGAUUAUCUGGAGAUUAAAGACUGGCCAGCGAGCGAUUUUGGGCAGAUUCAUCGAUUCUGUGGUUCCAAUCCAACUGUCCCAGAUUUUUAUUCAUAUGGCCACACAAUUAAGAUUGACUUCACUUCAAAGGCGUACCAGAGUGGAAAUAAAUUCCAGCUAACGUACGAAGUUGCAGGCUGUAGCAGAAAAUACAACCAAUCAUCUGGUUACCUGAAGAGUCCUGGCUGGCCCAAUGUCUAUCAUCAUAAUCUAGAUUGUACAAUCGUUCUGCAAGCCCCAGAGAGCCACAAGAUCUCCCUUUUCUUUCAUGCCUUUAACAUUGAAGGUUUUGGAUGCAACUUUAACUAUUUAGAGAUAAAAAAUGGUACAGAUAGUAAUGGACAAGUGCUUGGCAGAUUCUGUGGUAGUAAAGUGCCUGAUCCCAUCUUCCCCAAUUUUCAUGCACUUACCCUACAUUUUAAAAGUGAUAUCUUAACAAGUCGCAAUGGUUUUGAGAUCACCUGGACAUCUUCUCUAAAUGGAAAGUAACAUUACUGCUUUCACUUCUGCAUCUCACCGUGUGUUUGUGAAAUUCCAUGCUGAAUAUGCAGUUAUACCCUCUGGAUUCAGAAUAACAUGGACCAGUUAAAUUUAUCCAAAGAAUAAAUUAAUAGUUCCAAAAUGUAAUAGCAAGCUACUAUUUUCCUUCACUUAAAUUGUUUAAAAUUAUGUUGUACUGUGUCACUUCUGUAGUGGCCAAAGUGGAAUGCACCUGAAAUUUACCAAGUUAACUCAUAAAUCUUACUUCAUAAUGAUUAUAAAAGUGUUGAUUUGUCGAAAUGCCAGGGCAUUUUUGAUAGAAUAAUAUUUCAGAAACUUCUAAAGCUAAGUAACAGAAGGAGAACGUAUUGUCAUUAUAAAGAGGAAGUCAGUUUGAGAAUAUGGAGGAAACAGAUAGAGUUACUGAAAGUUAGAUGGAGAGAACGGAAACAUGAUACUAAUGUGGAUAAAUUUAUACCAGAGGGUAUAAAAUGAAUGUUGUAAAAUCAACUUCUAGAUAAUUUCCAAAGAGAGGAGUGUGUGUGGCAUAGCUAGCAUGGUUGCAAUGGAGUUACAUAUCAGUUCUGGUUACAGGAAGAAUAUGAUCACACUAGAGAGAGUACAAAGGAUAUUUACAGGGUUGGUGCCAGAAAUUGAGAAUUUUAGCUUCAAGAAAAGAUUGGAUAGGCUUUCAAAGGAGGCUGAGAGUGAUACAAUUGAGGUAUAUAAAAGUAUAACAGGUCUCAAGAGCAUAGAUAGGAAGGAUCUAUUCUCUUUCAGAGAAGGCUUUAAUCAGUGGGCAUAGAUUUAAAGUAAUUGAAUGAAGGAUUAGAGGAGAGUUGAUGAGAGCUUUUAUUAUUAUGAGGGCGGUGGGGGUCUGGAACUCACUGUCUGUAAAGGCGGUAGAGGCAGAAAGUCCUCAUCACAUUUAAAAAAAAUACUUGGAUGUGCACUAGUAGUAUUUGGCUGGACCGCUCUUUUUCAGUUGAUACAGACAGUAUGGGCUAAGUGGUUUCCUUCUGUGCUAUAAAUUUUAUAUUUGCUAAUAUUUCUAUCAAUGGUCCUAUUUUGUAUGAAUGGAAGAAAAACACAAAAUAAUUGUUUAUUGCUGGUAUCAUAAUGAAUGCCUACUUUAUUCCCUAGAAUCCAAAUACAAAAUGUAGAACUAAUGAGUUUUGCCCCAAUGCUGGUGUAGAAUUUGUGUUAGAAUAUAAUGUUUCUAAUAAAGAGUCAUGUAAAUCUAA